AUGCGAAGCCUUCUUUUGCUUAUUUUGAUAGCUGUCUGUAUUAGCAGUGUCGCUGCUCAGUGGGGCAUGAGUCCUUACGGAGGAAUGCGUGGACCUUAUGGAUAUGGCGGAGGAAUGUACGGUCGUCAACGUUACGGUGGCUAUGGCAUGCGCAGGCCAUAUGGUGGUGGCUUUGGCGGAAACCCCAUGAUGGGUUUGAUGAGGGGAAUGAUGAUUGGUUAA